UUCACAACUUUUAUGAAUAUAUAAUAAAUAUUCCUUUUCUGUAUGUGUUAUAUACUUUUCAUCUUGUUUUGUAAUUAUUCAAUUAUACUUAAUACAUAUGUUUAUAAAAAUAUUAGACGGAAAUUGAGAAAAUGUAAUAUAUCAACUAUUUAUACAGAAUGGAAUGGAAUUUAUAAUUUAAUGACUUCAGUGAAGUGGAAAAUUAAAAAUUAAGUUAAAAAUGUUAAUAGUUUGGAAUAAUUUGGAAUGACAAUGUCUUCCUCAUCAAUUCAGAACAAAGAAGGACACACCAGCACAGAUGGUGGUAGUAAUUCAAAGAACAAAUGGGAAUGCCUAAAAAAAUGGAUUCACUGUAUUUGCGUUGUGGCAUUUGAUCUUGAACUAGGACAGGCAAUUGAGGCUAUUUAUCCGUCUCACAUUAAACUGUCUGAACAAGAAAGAUCAAAUGUCUGUUAUUUAGCUUUUCCUGAUUCAAAUUCAGGAUGCAUGGGCGAUACUCAAUAUCAUGUUAGAAUUAGACAAAGCGGAAGUAAUUCACAAUUGAAUUCCGCCUUGAAAAAUUAUGAUAAAAAUGCUCCAAUAUUUUUGCGAUCUGACGCUUAUCAUUAUUGGGGUUAUGUUUAUUUUCGUCAAGUUAAAGAUAGAACAUUGCCUAGAGGAUAUUUUCAAAAAAGCGUUAUCGUGAUAUCAAAACUUCCAUUUGUAAAUUUUUUCACUGAAGUAGUUGCGUUAAUAGCUCCGAAAUUUUUUGAAAUGGGAAAUAGUGCAAUGGAUGCGAUAGUUAAUGAAAUUGCCGAUUGGCCUGCUCCAGUACCUGGCGAUGUUGUUCACUUGCCACUUAUGGGCGUCUUAUUUCAAACCUACAUCCCGAAUAAUUAUCGUAAAUUAUCAGUGUCGGAUGUGGCGUCAAAUUCAACACUUCGCAAGGACUCGGAUCAAUAUCUUGUUUUAACUUCAGUGUAUGAAGAUAAUAUAUUUCAGAGUUUAGCUGUUGUUGUUACUCAUAUUCAUUUAUUGUGGGAACUUGUUUUACUGGCUGAACCGAUUGUCGUUAUGGCCUCGUCUCCUACAAUGUGCUCAAGAAUGGUUCAGGCCUUGACAGCAAUGAUAACUCCAUUAAAAUACAAUGCAGAUCAUCGACCUUACUUUACAAUUCACGACUCUGAAUUUAAGGAAUACACAACAGAUACCCAAAAUCCACCAGCUGUAAUUCUCGGAGUUACAAAUCCUUUUUUUGCCAAAACUCUUCAACAUUGGCCUCACAUUGUUCGAAUUACGGAUACCGCAUAUUCUGAGAACUUUAAACAUAGAAUAAAAAAGUCUGAAAACCUGAAAAUACUAGAUUCAAAACCAGGCGUUUAUACCGAGUAUAAACCAUUUUUGCAAAAGGACAAAGCCAUUAUAAAGAAAUUACUUAGGGGAAUUCAGACAAAGAGACCUGGAGAGGCUCAAACUGUUCUUCUAAGACGACAUUUAAUUGAACUUACUGAAAGUUUUAUGAUUCCUCUUGAAAGAUACAUAGCAAGUCUUAUGCCACUGCAAAAGAAUAUAUCACCUUUUAAGGCAACACCAAUACCUAAUUUAUUCGAACAAGAGGAUUUCUUGUCUACAUUAAGUAGUUCUGGUCCACAAUUGACUAGCGGUAUAAAAGGCGACUGGGUGGGACUUUAUCGAAGCUUUCUUAAAUCUCCAAAUUUCUCCGGAUGGUUUCACACGAGAUAUGCGGAAUUGUCUCAAAAAAUUGAGGCUAUUCAUCUUGAAACCUUAUCCCAAGCGGAUUUAACAACUUGGAUCCAGGGUAAACAGGAGGUCGAGUUAGUCGAUAUGGUUCUGCGAAUAAGACAGAAACUUAAAAAAAGCAAUGAAUACGACGUCCCUGUAGGAAAUUCCGUGCAAGACAUGUUGCGAGAGAGAAUAAACGACAUUACGCGCACACUGCCUGAUGACCUGAAAAUAAUUCUCAAUCACAACUCUUGACAUUUUAGUAAAAAUUUUCUUUUUUCUAUGUUUUGUCACUCCAAUUAUCAUUCUAAUGAAACAACUUCUAUCUUACAGGAUAGAAGAGAAUCUUAUGGGUGACUCCAAAAAAUUUUCUAAACAUAUUUUUUGAGAUUUUUUAUUUUGAUUUAUUUUAAUCACUGACCAUAUGAUUAUUUUUUAAUAUUCCGAUAUAUUUACAUAAUUUUAAAUUUUUUUGAUAGUUCGGGAUAUGGGAUUAGAAAUUAGAAUACUCUUCUCUAUUAUGAGCUGAGAUUAUAUUAUAAUUUACUCAUUUUUAAGAAAAUCAAUUUUUAUUCACUUCAAUCUAUGUCUGAAUUCUUCCAUAUUUUAAUAAUGAUAAUAAUGUAUAAAACUGUAAAAAGGAAGGUUGUGAAAAAUUUUUGUUACAAAGAGAUUAAUAUUAAAGUAGAGUAAAAGCUUCUUUUUAAAUACUAGCUCUACAAUGCAGUAUUUGCCAAACUUGAUGAACGUGAAUAUUUUACGUGAAUUGAGAAAAUAAUAAAAUCAAUUGUAUAAAAGAAUCUCAAUGAUUAUUAUGAAUUGCAUGCAAGUAAAGUUUCUAUAAUUUAGUUUAGAAAAUUUAUGUACAUAUAUAUUUGUACGCGGUUCAACGUUCCAUUAUUUUAUUAGUAUUGAAUUGUUAAAUAUCAGAAGUCUAGGGGAAUAGAAAGUGCGGAUUAUCGAUCAUUUAAAAUCUUUCUUUACGAAAGUUAUUUUAGAAUUAAGUGUCGAUUUCUGUAUUUGUUAAGAAAUAUAUUUUUCAUAAAAACUUAAA